UUGAAAUAACGGACGAUUAUUGUUGUAACGUUCAUUGUCAGAACAGCCAGAGCGCAUCGAAAGGCUCUGUAUCGGUUUAUGAGGAGCUUUGAUUUUAAUAGUUUCUUCUUAAAUGAGUGAUAAAAGCGACAGUAAUAAUGACAAAAGCAGAAAUCGCAGUGUGGUGUAUGUUUACAGUCCGGAAUAUAUCCAGACAUGUGACUCACUGUCUAAAGUGCCAAACCGGGCGAGUAUGGUGCAUUCACUGAUUGAGGCGUAUGGCUUAUUGAAAUACAUGAGUGUGGUUAAGCCACAUGUGGCUUCAAUAGAGGAGAUGGCUGUGUUUCACACAGACUCUUACUUGCAGCACCUGCACAAGAUCAGCCAGGACGGGGACAAUGAUGACCCUCAGUCUGUUGACUUUGGACUGGGUUAUGACUGUCCGGUGGUGGAAGGCAUUUUUGAUUACGCGGCUGCCGUUGGAGGAGCCACUCUGACUGCUGCCCAGAAUCUGCUGGAUGGAAAGUGUGAUGUGGCCAUCAACUGGGCCGGAGGGUGGCAUCACGCCAAGAAGGAUGAGGCAUCUGGGUUCUGUUAUGUGAAUGACGCUGUUCUUGGAAUCCUCAAAUUGCGGGAGAAGUAUGAGAGAGUUCUCUAUGUGGAUGUGGACCUUCACCAUGGAGAUGGUGUGGAGGACGCUUUCAGCUUCACCUCUAAAGUCAUGACAGUGUCUCUGCACAAGUUCUCCCCUGGCUUCUUCCCAGGCACAGGUGAUGUGACUGACACUGGGCUGGGUAAAGGACGCUGGUACGCAGUUAACGUCCCCUUUGAGGAUGGCAUACGUGAUGAUCGGUACUGCCAGACCUUCACCAGUGUCAUGCAGGAAGUAAAAGCUCUGUUUAACCCUGAAGCAGUUGUGAUGCAACUAGGAGCGGACACAAUGGCUGGAGACCCCAUGUGCUCCUUCAAUAUGACUCCUGAUGGAGUUGGAAAGUGUCUAAACUAUAUACUGGGCUGGGAGUUACCCACUCUGCUACUAGGAGGAGGCGGUUAUAACCUUGCCAAUACUGCCCGCUGCUGGACCUAUCUAACGGGGACCGUCCUAGGACAGACUCUGUCUUCUGAGAUCCCAGACCAUGAGUACUUCACUGAAUACGGCCCAGAUUAUUCCCUGGAGAUCAGCCCGAGCUGCCGACCCGACCGCAACGAGAGCCAGCAUCUGGAGCGGGUCAUCAGCACCAUCAAAGGGAAUCUGAAGAAUGUAGUUUAGGAGUGGGCUCCCAGCUCAUGUUUCCAAAUCAGGCCCUGCUCCUCUAAUGAAGACAGUAUGUCGGAGCCAUCGCCAGAAGGGAGCUUGGAAAACAUUACUUGAAUGUUUCCAGGGAACAUUUUUUUAAAUGCAGAGAUGGGCCAGUGUUGCUGCAUUUGAACGGUUUGAGUCAAUGUUGGCUCUGGGGCAAAUGUAUAAAGGGUGUAUUUUUUACAAAAAUCCAAAGCCAUUUUCAGAUAAAACAAAGUGUGAGUGUGUAUGUCAAAAAUAACAUGAACCCCCCCCCCCCCCUUUUGUUUUUAAAAUAUGUGGGAUCAUUUGUAAAUGAGAAAUAAUAAAAUGUUCAUUUUAUUCUGAUGAUUGUGUCUGAUGAUGAUGCAUCCCAAAACCAUGUCUAACCAUGGUUCAGACGGAAUAGAAAUGGCAAUUCACUCAGAUCUUUACAGUCUGGCUACAUCCCCCUUCAUGAAACCAUUCUGUAACUUAACUGCAAUAUGUUGUCCAGUGAUGGAUUGGAUAACUGAAAUUUAAUGGGCAGACUGACCAAAUACCAAGUCAUGUUGGCUUCAUUCAUUAACCGUUUUAUGUUGCCUAUGGCAUGCUUUUUACCACAAUGUUUAUUUUCUUGUGUUUGAGUCAAAAAUUGAGAAUGUUUCAAGCUGUCUGUCAACUUGUUUUUAUAAAUGCUUUUCAGUUAUAUAUUAAAAUACAAAAAAAGUAA